GGGCGGGGCUGCCGAGGACUGAGGCCGACGCCGCGGGAGCCGCAGCUUACCCGGGACCUUGCCGCUGAGGCCGCGAUGUCGGCGCCCGCGCUUCCGCUGCUGUGGGCCGCGGCCUGCUUGGCCGCACUGUGCGCGUCCCAGACCGCGCCCGUGCUGCCCACGUCCGCCGCUGUGACCACCCCGCCGCCCACGACAGGCAGCUCGCCAGCCACCACUCCCGCGCCAGAAACCUGUGAAGGCCGGAAUAGCUGUAUUUCCUGUGUCAACACCAACUUCACUGAUGUUACUCCCUGCUUGUGGAUAGAAUGUAAAGAUAAUAAAAGCUACUGUUCACAUAAUUCAACAGUUAGUGACUGCCAGGUGGUGAAUAGCACAGAAUUCUGCUCAGUGCCCACUGCCACUCCAUUGCCAACCAAUUCUACAGCUAAAACCACAACUCUGCCUCCCUCCUCUACAGCCUCCACCACAACUACACCUGCGACAUCAGGUCCCACUAAUACCACUCUAACCCCAACCUCACAACCUGUACGGAGGUCGACCUUUGAUGCCGCCAGUUUCAUCGGGGGAAUUGUCCUUGUCCUGGGCGUGCAGGCUGUGAUUUUCUUUCUCUAUAAAUUCUGCAAGUCAAAAGAACGAAACUACCACACUCUGUAAACAGACCCACGAAGUUAACAAGGACUGGCAUGUAAUUCACUGAAACCAAAAUAGUAUCUUUUAAGAUGUCCCACGUGGGAGAUGCUAUUCCAGGAUCUUUAAAUUUUCAGAGGAUGCAUAUAGGGUAUUUUGGAGCAUCGUCCUUGAAGAAAAAUCAGUUAAAUCAUUUUGCUGAACAGGAAUAUUUAAAAAUAUGCUGCAUGAAUCCUUGUGGCUGUUUUCUUUUCUUUUAAAUGGCUGUCGCUGUGGGAUCAGGUUCUUCUCAUCAUGCCGGAUGUGGCCCUGAGUGGUGGGCAGCGCUGUCCUGCACAGACCACCUCGUGGCUCUCCUGGCAGUUUAAAUUCAGUCAUUUUAAGGCCUGGAAGCUGCAUUGUAUUCAUCCUAACUCAGGAUGUAGGUUAGUGAUUAGAAUUGAGGAGAGUGCCAAAUGGGUGUCAGUCAGGUGGGUUUUUGGCUAUCAUUUCAAAAGUGGAAAAAAUUUAUAAAUUUAGAGUACACUGUAUCCUUAGAGUAAAAUUUCAUGCUUGAUAAGUUAUUUUUUCUACAUUAGAAAUAAGAUGCCACACAGGGAAUUACAUUCCAGGUUUAAAGAAAUGAACGGAUACAGACUAUUAAAGUGUAGCAGGUUAUUCAUAUUUGUAAAGCACCUUGUGUCAUUGAGAAAAUACAGAAUCGUGCCUUAAAAGACAGACUAAAAAGUAGACUGUGACUUAAAAUGUUUGUGAUUUGUGUUUUCUCGUCAAGGAGGGUCACAGUUGGUCUGAGGAUGGAGCUAGUGGUGAGCAGAAGCAAGCCUGCUGUCAGGUGUCCGACUGCGGGUGUUGGACGAGACACCCCCCCCACUUCAGGCCUGAGGGACGGACACUAACAGAUGUCACACAGAAUUAAAAGCCUUCAUAUACUGAACCUCCCAACAUUUUUCUUACAGCUGUUUACAAAGCAUAGAGACAAAAUUGAUUUAAUUAUAUUUUCCUUUAUACUUCAAAAAAGUAUCCUAAUGCUGUUUGUACCUCAAAAGGAAUUUCCACCAAGCUUUUUUCAUGAGGCAAGAAGGAAAUAAGUCGUUUUAGAAUCUUUUAUUAUUUAAAUGAGAUAAUCAUUUUAAGUUUUGAGAUAGCAGAUGUGACCAGCGUAAAUUCAGAAAAAGCUAAGGGUUUGGGUCAACUGAUUGCCAUAGGUUUUAGUGGUGACGGCCCUGGACAGACAGACGGACAGACCGCGCGUGCUCUCGCUCGCUCGCUCUCUCUCUCCCUCCCCCCUCCCCCCACCCCUCCAAGUCCCCUUUCUUCUCAGUUUCAGUUCCCAUAGCAGAACGGGCAUGCUUACUGGUUUUGUUUUCUUAAGAAACCCCAGGUUUUUUGGUUUGAGAGGGACAUUUCUCCCCUGCCUUUGACUCUUUGGUGUAGUUCAGAGGCUUAAACCAGUUUAAAAUGAGAUUUUACUUUUUUCUAGGUCACUGAGGUUUUUUUGUUUUAGUUCCUUUAACCUACAGCGGCUGAGUUUAGCACUUGGUUUUCAGUAUUUUUAUAGUAGGCAAUGACAAGUUGCUUUGGUCCAUUUCAUAAGCCAAAAAUUCCCUGCGUUUAGAUAAUUACAUUAAAGGUUCUUAAAGUAAAGAUUUAGUGUUUGUUACUUGCUGGUACAGCUGAAGUUUGUUUUACUUGCACAUUUGUACAUACACCUAAUGUUUUCAAGUGCCUUAAUUGUUUAAAAUCUCUGGCUUCAAAGGUUUUUGGGAAAGGAUAGGUUUACCUCAUAUUUUUGUGUUCUCAUUAUUAGUCCUAGAAACCUCACCAAAAAAUUGUAUUAUGGUGCCAUGGCUGUUAGUUUUUAGUGAGUGCUAUAAGAUGCAAGAUUCAUUUGAAAAUACAGAGAAUUUCCAUUCCAAAGUGACAGAAACAGCUGCCGCGGUACAGUUGCCAUUUACCUGGAGAAUACAUGCUGCUCGUCAGGGUCAGCACACAGAGCAUUUUUGUGAAAAUGUAGCUGAUGAAGCCUCUCUGUAACUUUGAGUAACAACAAAAUUAUACUAGGAAAUCAGAUUUUGCAAGAAGAGCUCUUACAGUAAAACUCACUGUCUUUUCUUCCCUUCUUUUAGCAAUUUUAUGUCUUCAGCCAUUAAUGAUAAUUUUUUAAAAUCCAGAUGGUAUGUAAAAACCUGUUCAGAUUUUUCCUGAUUUGUUUAUGCAAAUGCAGUUCAAUGAAAAUACUUUAUUUUGCCUUACAGAGACUUGUUGCAUAGGCAGACACUGUAUUUAGAAUUUAUAUUUCAAUUCAUGAUAAACUGCAAAACAAAUCCAUAUCAUGUACCAAACUGAUUUAAAAUAAAUCUACGUUUAUUGAAUG